UUUGGAUAACAGGCGCGCGCUUUGUUUUAUUAUCCACAUUAUCAGCGGCAUUAUUGUUAUUAUUGGCCCUCAGCGCUUUACCGCUCGCCCACGCGUCCGCCCGUGAAUGCCGCGCGGAAAAGUCGCUUUCCACUAGAUUGGCGUCCAGAUUCGAGGAAAUCCAAAUCCGUCAGCGGACGCAUUCGCGCUCGUUCGGUCAGCACUAAGCACUACGGCUAAUAAUCGUUCAAAUCGUUAAAACCAUAAAAAUAAUAAUAAUAAUUGCAAUAACAAUAAACAUAGUAAUAAUCGUAACGCUUACGAGCCUUUGAUAGUGCCAAGGCAAGCGCAAACCAAGUAUUCAAAUUCAAACUCGAAUUCAAUUAACAGCAAAGUGCAAUUGGCUAAAACCGAAACCAAAACGCAACAAAGUAUACGAAACACUUGUGAAAUCGUACAAACAAUAGUGGAAAAAUAUUUAAGAUUAUUAAGAUUGAAAUCUCAAUGAACAUUAGUGCUUAAAUAAAGCUAAUACGCCACGUGGAGAGUGCAAUAAACAGAUAAACUUUUAAAACAAAUGUUUACCAAACAGAAAAUAUUUUAUAAAUAUUUAAUUAUUUAAAAACAAAUUGGUUACUUCAAAAUAAAAAAAUUCAAAUUGGUGCUAAAACAAACGAGACAAAUUUUCAUGAAUAUCAAAAAAAUAAAAAGACACAUUUAAUUAUAAAAACCAAAACUAAAUUAACAAAGACUUGGAGUGAAAAUAUAAAAUAAAUCUUUAAAAGGUCUAAAAAAAAUUGUGUAAAUCCAAAGAAGGCAAAGCCACAUCACAGAAAGCUGAGGAAACACUCAAAUAAAAUCCGCCAAAGUCGCAGAUCCCUGGAAAGCAAUUCGUGUGAAAUCGGUCAAGCCCCCAACGACUCUUAGCCCGUCUCAGACGGAGCACCGCCAAGAUUCUCACCGCCAGCAGCGCAAUGAACUCGUACUUUGAGCAGGCCUCCGGCUUUUAUGGCCAUCCGCACCAGGCCACCGGAAUGGCGAUGGGCAGCGGUGGCCACCACGAUCAGACGGCCAGUGCAGCGGCCGCCGCGUACAGGGGAUUCCCCCUCUCGCUGGGCAUGAGUCCCUAUGCCAACCACCAUCUGCAGCGCACCUCCCAGGACUCGCCCUACGAUGCCAGCAUCACGGCCGCCUGCAACAAGAUAUACGGCGAUGGCGCCGGAGCCUACAAACAGGACUGCCUGAACAUCAAGGCGGAUGCGGUGAAUGGCUACAAGGACAUUUGGAACACGGGCGGCUCGAAUGGCGGCGGUGGUGGCGGCGGAGGCGGUGGUGGUGGCGGUGCGGGCGGAACAGGUGGAGCCGGCAAUGCCAAUGGCGGCAAUGCCCCCAAUGCAAAUGGACAGAACAAUCCGGCGGGCGGCAUGCCCGUUAGACCCUCCGCCUGCACCCCCGAUUCCCGAGUGGGCGGCUAUUUGGACACGUCGGGCGGCAGUCCCGUUAGCCAUCGCGGCGGCAGUGCCGGCGGUAAUGUGAGUGUCAGCGGCGGCAACGGCAACGCCGGGGGCGUACAGAGCGGCGUGGGCGUGGCCGGAGCGGGCACAGCCUGGAAUGCCAAUUGCACCAUCUCGGGCGCCGCUGCCGCCCAAACGGCGGCCGCCAGCAGUUUACACCAGGCCAGCAAUCACACAUUCUACCCCUGGAUGGCUAUCGCAGGUGAGUGUCCUGAAGAUCCGACCAAAAGUAAGAUAAGAUCUGAUUUAACACAAUACGGCGGCAUAUCAACAGACAUGGGUAAGAGAUACUCAGAAUCUCUUGCGGGCUCACUUCUACCAGACUGGCUAGGUACAAAUGGACUGCGAAGACGCGGCCGACAGACAUACACCCGCUACCAGACGCUCGAGCUGGAGAAGGAGUUCCACACGAAUCACUAUCUGACCCGCAGAAGGAGAAUCGAGAUGGCGCACGCGCUCUGCCUGACGGAGCGGCAGAUCAAGAUCUGGUUCCAGAACCGGCGGAUGAAGCUGAAGAAGGAGAUCCAGGCGAUCAAGGAGCUGAACGAGCAGGAGAAGCAGGCGCAGGCCCAGAAGGCGGCGGCGGCAGCGGCUGCGGCGGCGGCGGUCCAAGGAGGACACUUGGAUCAGUAGAUCCUUAGAUCCUUAGAUCCUUAGAUCUGUAGGGAUUGGGCGGAAUGGCGCGGAGACAGAUACAAAGCAACUAUAUUGUAACAAAUGAACUAUUUACUUAAAUGAAUAAUAUUUAAAUAUUUUGAUGGUACUUGUGCGAAUACGAAUACGAAACUUAACCUAAAUCGAACCUAAUGGAAUUAUUUCAAGCGUUUGAGCAGCAACCGAAAAUACGUAAAUGAAACAAAACUACAAACUAAUUAACUAGGCUAAGUAAAUAAAAGUAGUGCAAAGAGCGCAGAUUAUAAACCUACUUAGAAUUAAAUGAGUAAAACAAACAAUUUUAAUUUAGUUCCAAACGACAUACUUCAAGAGGAUCGCUCGAAAUGAAAACCUCUGUCCUGCCCCUUUGUUGCUUACUGCUAUGUUUAAAUUAAUUUUCGCGAAAAAUACUCAAAAAUCGAAACACAAAAAAAGAUGAAAGUAUACCAUUACAAUGUUGAAUGCGAGCAAAAUUCUGUUGAUAUGAAUUUUUGGUUACAAAAAAAACAUGUUCUAAACCAAUUUAAGAUACGUAACAAAGGAUACAAAAACAAAAUGAAAACUAUUAAACUUUAACUUAAAUAUAAAUAGAAUUUGUUAGCCAAGUAAACAUAUUACGACACGAAAAACAAACGUUUUUGGGAGUAUCGAAUAUUUGAAUGUGUAUAGUUUGUGCUUAUUGAAUAAAAUAAUGCAAUUUUAGUUAACUUUGUUUAUUUGUAAACGAAUUUGUUUAGUUCUCGCCCAAACGACUAGAGUGAAGCUGUUUCUUUAAGUAAUGUGUAGUGUGUUUACCUUUUAAAUUAAAUUAAUGCCUAAUUUUAUUAUUAUUAUGUUUAGUUUAAUGACAAGCGUUUAUGAGAUUAUCCGAUAGAAGCGGCGAGUAGAGGAGUACGACAAACCGUUUGCCCUGGCAAACGCAAAUAAAUUAUUGGUUUUGAAAAAAUCUAAAGAAAAAAACAAUGAGAAAUCGAAUCCGAUUGUUGUGUUAUUAUUUUAGUUCUGCCAUUGCGCUCUCCUUUUCUGUUCUCCCAGUGUAAUUAGAGCCUCAGUUGUUUGAGAGAGUUCGCGGGCUGCCCGCUUGCAUGCGAAAUUGCUUUUGAUCUCGUUCCGUUAAUUGAUCGUGAGUUGUCCGCUCUAUAGAGAUACCCAAACCGAUUAGCUAUAACGAUACGAUACCAUACCGAUACCGAUACCGAUACCGAUACCAUAUAUAGUUUAGUGGAGCCAACGAGCUGUGCUCGACUCACCCACUAGCCACAAGGCGCGGUGUGUGUCCCGAAAAUGGAUCCUUCAGUUGAGUUUCCACAGUGGUCGAAACGAGGUCCUGCAGAUGAUGUAUACGUACUACCGCCUAAGAUUCGAUUAUAGAUAUAUUAUAUUUAUAAAUCUUGAUAUAUAUUUAUGUACUUAUAUAUGUGGGGAUCGAGUAAAAAUGGACAAACAAUAAGAGAGUAUUGCUGCGGAACGGAACGGAGGCAGUUGCAAAUACGUAAAUAAGCAUAAGUUAAAUGUUAUAGAUUUUAAACGCAAGUGCGUGGAUCGAAUGGGGGGUGUCCCCGUCACCGCAAACCAAGAAUAGACGCUAAAAUACAAUACAUAAAUAUUUAAACGUGGAUUAUAGUAGCAACAGAUAUACGUAAAAGGAAGCCGAAUCGGUGGUCGGUCUUGCAUAUGUACUGCAUCCUACCACUUACCUACUACUUACUUACCAGUGCAUUCGUAGUAAAAUAAUCGCUACUUUCUUGUACAUUGCUAGUGGCUUUUACUUUAAACUCUCUGACUCUCUGACCCUCGGACGAGCAGUCGAGCAGCCAAGCAGCCUAUCAUCCAUAAGAGACUACUACUUUUCCUAUAUACAUACGUACUUCAUCCGAUCAGAUCAGACCUACAGAUACUUUGCGGUUGCAUUUUCUACUUGUAAUUUCCCCUCCCCGCGAUCGACGAUUGGACCCGCAGGCUCCGUUCAUACUUAAUCGAUCUAACUCUAAUUUAAUGCCAUUCUAUGUUAGCUCCGUAAGUUGUAAAUUAUCAAUAUAAACUACACGUAAAAAGAACAAACACAAAACAAACAGCAACCAGUGAGAAUGUGGAAAAAGAAACAAAUAAAUUA